UGCCAGUCAAAUCAUACUUUUAAAGUCAAUAUAUCCUUAGACAUUGAAAGCCCCCCAAGAAUCCACACACAGCCGCUUCGCUACAUAUAUUACAGUGCUGGAGGACAAGUGGAACUACCCUGUAUGGCUGAUGGCUUUCCAAAACCAAUUUUUGAAUGGACAAAAGAUGAAGUUAUUUUCAAUAUAAGCGAAUAUAAUGACAGAAUGGUUAAAAUGAAUGAAUCGGGUACAAUUUUGAUAAAGUACACAAAGAGUGUGGACGAUGCUAUUUACCAGUGUAGUGCAAAGAACGAAUUUGGUAAAUCAAUGUCCGAUUUUGUCAACUUCCGGCAAGCUAAAUUGAAACAGAUUGGGAUUAUAAAGGAUAAGAAGAUAUCUGUCAAACUUGGGUAUUCGUUGAGAAUUCCAUGUAAUGCACCACUCAGUACACCAACUGCAAAGAUAAACUGGGGCUUGAAGGACACCAUAACUGGUUCGGAAGUUGCUAUUAAUUUUACAAGCGCUAUAUCAACAGAUUUUUUAGGUAAUCUUUUCAUUAUAAGUGUCGAAGAAAAUGACUACCACGGAGGAAAAUCCUAUGUUUGUAUAGCGACAAAUCCAAUUACCAACCAAACAGUAUAUUCUAACGGAACUGUUGUUCAGCCUCUAAGAAGUUGUGACAAUUUUUCAUGUGAGACUGGUCGUGUACAUGUACCUAUUCAUUUCUUGUGGUUCUCAGGAAGCUCAACUGUUGGUUUGGAGGGACAAAGACUUAUUUUGAAGUGUAUAUUUGGUGGAAAUCCUAUUCCAAACAUAACCUGGCAUUUCAGAAAUGAACACGAGCACAGUUUUGGAUGGGAAUAUCUUCAUCACGGACAGGAACUUCUCAUACCGAAACCUCAAAUUGAACAACAUAUCGGCACUUACAAGUGUUCUGCAGCAAAUUCAGUUGACCCAAUAAAGGAAAAGUUCAUAAAUGUUGAUAUAAAAUGCAAGUUGUUAUAUUAUUUAUUACCUAUCAAUGGAGUUUGA